CAGAGGCCGCUCAUUUUGUUUUGCCAGAGUCAAUAAAAAUGCUAAGUUAAAAGCUAACCCCCUUACGUCCCCCUGAAAUGGAACGACUUAGUUGACCUCUUUGAAGGCCUCCCUCUCAAUUGACUUUUAAUGAUAAAUUCAUUUCGACUGUCAACAAAAGUGUUUUACGCCGCGCGUUGCCAUUCAACGUAUUCUGUUUGCUGUCCAAUGAAAAUGCGUUUUGGAGCCUUUUAUGCAGUAUUCACAUCGAAUGUUGAUGCGCGUUAUUCACUUGAAAGCGUUGACGGACCUCCACAGGAGGCUGCCCGGGCGAGGUUGUAUACCAAGGGAUGGCGUCACCGCCAUGACGCCGCGGGCGCUUGGCUGCCCUACGUACCCCGCAGAGCCGUGCUCUACUGCCCCGGCAAUGAUGAGCGAAAGCUGAGGAAACUGGCCACGCUGGACGUCGACUGCGCCGUGCUGGACUGCGAGGAUGGCGUCGCCCUCAACAAGAAGACGGAGGCCCGGGAAACCAUCGCCAGGAUGUUGGCGGAACUGAACCUGGGCCGAACAGAGAAGUGCGUGCGGGUCAAUUCGGUGUCCAGCGGCUUCGCUGAGGGUGACCUGGAAGUUGUCCUGCAGGCCGACGUUCUGCCACCCGCCCUGAUGUUGCCCAAAGUGGAGGACACUCAAGAGGUUCAGUGGUUCGUUGACAGGUUUCAGCGCAGCUUGAAAGGACGGCCGCUGACGGAACCCGUUCGCCUGGUGACCUUUGUGGAAACUGCUGUGGGCCUGCUCAACUUUAAGGGGCUGUGCGAGGAAAUCCGUCGGCUCGCUCCCCAGGCCGGCCUCCGCCACGACGGCGUGGUGUUCGGCUCCGACGACUUCUGCGCCAGUAUAGGCGCCACGCGGACCCGGGAUGCCAAGGAGCUGCUGUACGCCAGGCAGAAAGUGGUGACCGCCGCCAAGGCUUUCGGGCUGCAGGCUAUCGACUUGGUGUACAUCGACUACAAGGACGAGGACGGGCUGAGGCGGCAGGCCCGAGAGGGAGCGCUCAUGGGCUUCACAGGUAAGCAGAUCAUCCACCCCGGCCAAGUCGUCGCCGUGCAAGAAGAAUUCUCUCCCACUCAGCAGAGGGUCCGCUGGGCUAAAGAGCUCAUCGCUGCGUUUGAGCGACACCAGAAAGAAGGAAAGAUAACGUUCUCGUUUUGGACCCUGGGCAGGGCGCGUUCACGUUCCAGGGCAGCAUGAUCGACCUGCCCUCGCUGAAGCAGGCGCAGAACGUCGUGACGCUGUCGGCUGCCGUGGCGCGGGGAGAAUGAGGCCGCCGGGGACGAAGUACGUAGAAGUGCUGCCGGGUGGGAACCGCACUUCGCCGGACGCCGGGAGGACGGUUUUGUUCCAAUUUUUGGCUUUUUGCAAAAUGAAAAAAAAAAAAAAAAAAUGUACGAGCCACCGUCUAUUGGUUGAGGGCCGUCAUCGAUUUGAGUCAUCGCGUGCUGGAGGACACCUUGAAAGCAUCUCGAUGUUCUUGAGCUGCUGGGCGGGAAAAAAAAAAAAAAAAGUGUAAACAAACAUUAUUUUGAUUUGCGGGAGAUCCAUUCAGCUCACGUCCCCCCCCCCCCCCCCAAGCCCUCAUCAGGAAUGCAGAACCACGUGAAGUCGCCGUUUAGCGCCUUUGUGCGGGUCCCUUCGGCGAAAGUCGUGCGGCUCCUCGCCGGCCGGCCUGCGGGGUUAAAUGCGGACAAAUAUAAUAAAAGCCGCCUGAUCUCCGGUGGAAGGCGGAGCCACUUUAUUCGGGAGCGGGCGCCUCUCGCGGGACUUUGGGCCCCGGCGGCGCCGCCUGCGUGCGCUACAAUACGGCGACGUGGAAUCGCCAUCAGGCUAACCUCGGCGGCGCAGGAGCGCUAUUGCCCCAGCAGAGGCGAUAGCAGCUUUUGUCUUCUCCUGAGGAUAAUUGGGGGGACGGGGGGGGGACGGGGGGGGGGUGCCGCCGGUGUCCAUGGCGAUGAAAAGCUCGCUUCGCACCCCGCCUUACCCACUCAUCUUCCCCUCGCUUUCUUGCCACUGUAUGAUGUAUUGUGUCCACGAACGGGCCCGGGUCCGCGCCAGCCGAAAAGGGCGGGCGGGGGGCUGGACGGCGCCCGAGCCGAAGGCCCCGGCAGUAAGCUGUCUGUCUGGCGCGGGGCCACGCGAUUCCUCCCGCCGCCGCUCCGCUUUUUGCCGCCGUCUAUUCACCGGCUUUUGUGUUUGUUUGUUUUCGCGAGCGACGCAGAGGUCGGCCGCAAAGCCGCUGACGCCGGUCGCGCCUUUCAUUAAGUCAAUCGCGACGCUACAACUGACAACUUGGACGUCUAGUACAAGUUUGUAGACACACAAAAAAUAUUAUAAAUAUUUCUUUCAUCAUUUUAGGAUACGCUAAUACCAAAGUGUUCAAACUACUUAGUGUCGUUUAAAUUUUUUUUUUUUUUUUUUUUUUGCAGAUUGUCUACGUUUUAGCUGAACACCAUAUCGGACCUAUCUUCAGUAUAAUUUUGUUGUAAAACCAUAAAAAUCUUUUGCUCCGGGGGAGGCAGGAAUUCGCUUCUUCUUGCUUUGUAGGAUUUAAUGAAUCCUACAUAAUUACACGCUAACCCGCAACCCUAAUCCCAACUUUUUUUUUUAGUUUGGUUUAAACAAAUUAAAAUUUUGGUACAGUUUUUUAAUAAAAAUAAAGUCAAGUGGGCCACAUAAAUUGAUGUGGUGGCCAGAUCUGGCCCCCAGGCCUGGAGUUUGACACCGGUGGUUUAAAAGGGCCAGAGUUAAAACUUUCCGAAAUUUGCUAAACUUGCCGGUCGUAAUCAGGCGUCACGUGCAGCGACGUCAGGAAAGAUUUGAUAUUGUCCAAUUUUAUUUAAAUGAUUUCCACAGCAGUGCGGCCGUUUUCUUUGAAUUUAUGUAUUUUUGCCCCGCAAAAAAACGAUUCCUCGGUUGCGUGCGGAUUGGCCCGCGAGACGAUCUCGCCGUCGUCUUCCCCCGCGAGACGGCAGCCGGCCGGCGUAAAUUACAAUUAACACGAUUAGAGGCCGUCCCCGAUUGCGGCGAGAAUCAAUUAGAAAAGGGGGGGGGGGGGCGUGCAAGUGCGGGCCCGCAUGUCUGCAAAACACGUCGGAACACAAUUCAAAUGUCGCCUCUUCCAUAUUUGCCCAUUAAUCUUAAUGUGGCAAAUGUGCGUUGCUUUUAUUGCCCCCACCCGGGACGCUCUCACAUAAUGAUUUCAUAUUCUAAUUUGACGUUUUAAUAGACUUGUAAUGACAACAUAUCAGCAGCUUAUUGCAGCCGAACGCCGUUGACCUGACGAUCAAUGAAGAUUAACGCCGAAAUGUUUUGCAUAUUUUUUCGUGAGAUUAUUUAUCUUAAUUAUUUUUCCAGUGGGGAGGGAGUACACCGCUGCAGGAAAAUUGUACAGUCAUAAUUUAAUGCGGAUUUUCUUUUCCCAUGAUUAAUUUCUGUUGACUCGACUGAACGUUUCUGAGCUUGGCUUGCACAAAUUAUGUUGAUAGCAAAGCUUUUGUUUUACAUUUUAAAUAUAAUUGAGCAUAAAACAGGGCUCUGCUUGGUGCAGAGCCUUAAAUGUCAUUUAACAAUGCAUGGGGAGGAAAAAAAUGUUUUUCAAAAUUCUAUUGAGGUGAAAUAUGCUGCUGGCAUUUGAGAUAAAUUUCAGAUUUACAGGUAUCCAAACUAAUGACAACAUGCUAACGUAAAAUUCAUUCAAGUUGGAAAUUUUAGGCAGGCCAGCAUUUUUUUAUGACAUGGUUUUGUGACACCCCCCCCCCCCCACCACCACCACCCUCCUGUAUAACUUUACAUAAUACGCAAAUUUGACCAGGGACCGAUGGAUUAUGUCAAAUUCUGAUGAAACGAAAAGACGUUUUCCUUUGGCGAUUUCACAGUGCAGGUGUGCAAAGAGCCCACCUGCUGAUCCUGCUGAAUGGGGGGGUCCUGCAGAAGGCCCCCGAAACAGGCUGUGCACGGCCUGCCUGAAUAGAAAUAUGCUUUUAAGUCGUGGUGUAAAAUUUCAAAGAUUUUAAAGUGAGACGUAUUUAUGUAUGUCGGCCAAAAGCCCAUUCAUUGUGGUAACACUCAACAAUAAUUUAUAAAUAAUGAUAAUUAUUAAAUUAAACAGCUAAUUAAAAUCUAUUUUUUCAAUGUAUUAAAUUAAAAAUCAAUGUAAUUUAAUAUUAACAGAAAUAACAAAGAUAUAAAUAUGCAAUUUUUCUUGCUUAAAUGUAUGAAUAAUUUAGGUGAUGCUUGCCUUUUUGUUGUUCUGUUUUGUGUAUUUGGGGGCCUUGAGCACCCGCCGCCCAAAAUGUGUGCACGUGCCUGUUUGUAUCCCUUAAAUAAACGAGUUUUGAUAGUUUUCCUCGGGUUGUAAUUGGACUUAGUUAUGAAAA